UCUCGCGCAGCCGGUGCGCGAGGUGCUGGUGUGUGGAGCAGUGCGCGCGGCCGUUUGGAACAUAAGUGGGAUUUAUUUCUGCAGUACUUUGAGUCCAUACGUAUGUAACAACUACCCGCACCUGGAAGCCUUAGGGGGGCGACAGGGAGCGAAUGACAUCCAACCAUGAGACGUACCUUCUUAUGGCCAGCACGCAGAAUGACAUGGAGGAUUGGGUGAAGACCAUCCGCAGGGUGAUAUGGGCUCCGUUUGGAGGAGGAAUCUUUGGUCAGAAGUUGGAAGAGACGGUUCGAUACGAACGACGUUAUGGCAACAAAAUGGCUCCCAUGCUGGUGGAGCAGUGCGUGGACUUCAUCCGCUGCUGGGGUCUACGAGAGGAAGGGCUCUUCCGUUUGCCUGGACAAGCCAACCUCGUCAAAGAGCUUCAGGAUGCUUUCGACUGUGGAGAGAAGCCGUCUUUCGACUGUAACACAGAUGUUCACACCGUGGCAUCCUUGUUGAAGCUGUACUUGAGAGAGCUGCCUGAGCCGGUCAUCCCGUUCUGUAAAUAUGAAGAGUUUCUGGCCUGCACCAAACUCCUCAGCAAAGACCAGGAUGAAGGAAUGAAGGAAUUAAAAGGUCAAGUAGAAGGUCUACCUCUGGUGAACUACAAUCUGCUUAAAUACAUAUGCAAGUUUCUGGAUGAAGUUCAGUCUUACUCAGGUGUGAAUAAAAUGAGCGUACAAAAUCUGGCUACGGUCUUCGGGCCAAAUAUUCUGAGGCCAAAAGUUGAGGACCCGGUGACUAUAAUGGAAGGCACAGUACUGGUCCAGCAGUUGAUGGCCGUUCUGAUUGGCCGGCAUGAUGUUCUUUUCCCACCCGAAGAGGACCAGACGUCCACCCUGGAACUGGUUAAUAAUAACAACAAUGAGACACAGAAACGGCCUACAAAUGGUCAGCUACAAAACAAAGAGAACAAUAACAUCAGUGGGGUGCGACAAUGCACCUGGGACGCACCCGAAUCACCCACCCGGGCUCCUCUGGACAAUGGCUCUCCCCGCUCGGGCAGCCCGCGUAACGGUUUUACCGGACAGCGAUUCGAGGUGACCCGCAGUCCGCCACUGGCAGUAAAAAAGAACCCGGCUUUCAGCAAAGGCAGCGGGAUUGUCACUAACGGAUCGUUCAGCUCGUCGUCAUCGUCCUCAUGCGACGCCAAUCAAGAAAAGAGUCAGACUCUACCUAUUAUCGGCACUCUGCAUGCCCGUCGGACGGGUGCGAUAAAGGGCUCGGGCACUAAAAUGGGCGUUCAGAAUGGUGUCGUUCGAAUGGGCAUAUCCAGCACUGACGUGACGAUUGGGACUCUGAAUGGGCGGAAUGGACUCUGGGUGCCCAAUGGUCACGUUACAAUGCGUGAGGUUAAAAGUCGAGACGCCGAGCACCAGCAGAACCGCCUGUCCACAUACGACAACGUCCACAUCCAUCAGCAGCAGACGACACAGCCCAGUCUGAGCAGCAGCUGUGAGGACAAACAGAGCGUGGAUAGCGCCACAUGGUCCACCUCGUCUUGCGAGAUCUCGCUCCCGGAAAACUCAACCUCCUGCCGCUCCUCUACGACCACGUGCCCAGAGCAGGACUUCUUCGGCAACAACUUCGAGGACCCUUUGUUGGACGGGCCAGCACAGGAGGAUAACAUACUGGUGGCGAACGAAAAGGAGCAGCGGACCAGUGUUGGAGGAGGCCGGGGAAGCAGAGGAACCAGCAGCAGCGAUAACAGUGAAACGUUUGCCAUCACAAAUGGCCCGGCCAACCACAGUGCACUACACAGCCUGGUGGCCAGCCUCAAACAGGAAAUGCUCAAGCAGAAGAAUGAAUACGAAGCCAGGAUCAAGAGUCUGGAGCAUCGGAACCUAGAGUUGGAGACAGUGAUGGCGAAUCUACAUGAAGAGCUGGACCAAGAGAAGAAGAAAUACACCAUGGUGGAGAUCAAGCUGAGGAACGCCGAGCGAGCCAAAGACGAUGCAGAAAAGAGAAACGAGAUGUUGCAGAAAGAGAUGGAGCAGUUCUUCUCCACCUUCGGAGACCUGACCGCAGACCCGCGACGGCCCGACAGAGCCAACACCAUCUGGAUCCAGUGAGUCUUUUCAUCCACGCUUGUGAGGACAGUCUAUUAUUAACUUUACACUGUGUGGGCUGUUCUCUGACAGAACGUGGGCAUCUCUUCAGCCGUGUCACCUGUCCGUUCGAUUCAAAGGUUUCGACACAGCUGAGCGAAGCCCAUUGAGCCAAAUUUUCAGAGCUGAUUGCGGACCAGUUGUGAGAAUGCUGUUGGAUUGAAUUCAUAAAGAAAGAUGAUGGGAUGGUGCAGCUUGGUUAGGUGAAAGAUGUUUGUUCUUUCAGACAUGAUGAAAGGUAAAGUGAAAAUGAGUGUCAAACAGAAAGAAGUGGAUUCUGACUCUAAAUUAUGACAGAAAACGUUUGCUCUGAAAGCGAACGGUAAGAUGAACUCUUGGCUGUUACAGUUGAAUGUGAGAAAACGAAUAUGAGAAUGAACAAUGAGUUUUAGAUGAUGGGAAACUCCUGAAGGACGACAGAACCAGGAACGCCACUCGUAUUUCUUCUUGUGAUCGAACCAAACGUUUCCUUGAGCUGUCGUGGAUCCUCUUGUGUAUAUAAAGGCGAAACGGUGUUAACAAUUCCAAGGUGAAGAAGAAAUGUAUAAAUGCAAAUUAAAGUAAUGUUUAAUGUACGUACUGAUAUUUAAACAGAAUUCUCAAUGUGUUACGUAUACAUUUUAUAUCAAGGCUUUUCCUUGCACUUACUGUAAGCAUACGAGUUGCUGUUGUUUUCAGUAUGGUACGAAUAUGAGACGUGGCAAACCUUUUGAAUAUCAUUCAGUCUUUCCUGUUGCUUUUUUGCAUAAAUUUAUCACUGCAAAUAAACAUUUUCUUCAUCAGUAUUAAAAAUAAUCAUUUUUUAAGCAUAAAUCUAAUAAUUUAGGGAGGUACAAUAUACAACUUGUGACCAGCGGUGC